AUGGAAACUGAUACGACAAGUUCAGACAUGGACAGGCUUAAAACUGUGUUGACACUACUUCCACAAAUGUCAAGAGACAUUAUCGACGAUACUAUUCACGAAAAAGUGUUAUCGUAUUUAUCGGACUAUGCGAAAAAAGGACCGGAUAUUAUGGCAGUUUUGGUGGAGUGGAAUGUCUUGGAUGUUAUACGCGCAUGUAUAUUUCAAGAAAGCACCUCUUCCGAUCAACGACAAACAGACUACAGGAUCACCUCGAUAGCUAUUAGAUUUCUCGCGCGGCUUUUACAGUACGAUGAUAAAUACCGUGCAUUAUUGUUUUGCCAAUUGAGUACCGAAUAUCGAGAAGUUAUGGAAUUUAUUUUGGGCGGUGUGUUUGAUGAGGAUGAAGCUUUGAUGAGGUAUUCGUGUGUUGAGGCGUUGGAGAUGAUUGUUGCGUAUGAGGAGGGAGCAAAAUGGCUUCUGGAGUCCAAUAAAAGCGCGCAGAUUAUUGAACGAUGUUUCGAAGAUUCGAGCACAUACGUCGUCACCGCAAUAUCGAAACUCUUAUUAUCAAUCAUCAAAAAUUCAUCUAUGUCUUCGUCAGAGGAAAUAUCAUCAUCUCACCUACAGCUACUCGAACACAUAAUCGCAUCGCUCAAUUUAUUCACUUUGAUGCGUGAAAUGCUUUACGACACACGCGUUAUAUCUAAUCAUCGUAUGGCUGCUUUGGAAAUUGUUUGGAUGUUGGCGAGUUCGCAAGAAAUCAAUGUAAUUGAGUUUUUGAGAAGGGGAAAAUUGCUGAUGCGUCUCGACACACUGCUGCACGAUCCAAACAGAAUUGUAAAAUCUCGAGCAAAUGAAAUUCUUUCUGCGUUGUUGGAAUGGGUGCUGGAUCCCUUAGCUCUUUUAAAAGAUUCCGACGAUUUCAGAAAUCCAAGUAAUAACCACUACAACAAUGCAUUCAAUUUUAUCCUAUACGAGAUUGUGUUCUCGCUAUUAUCAAAAGUGACUGAUAAUAAUUUAGAGAUGGUUGUGAUGUCCGUAAAUGUAAUAACCUCAAUGACACGAUUGGCUGAGCGCGUUUAUAAUAAAAGUAUAAGUAAUGAAAGAGAAGGAGAACAUUUAGCCUCGAUCCUUACAAGUUUGCUUGUGUUUUUACUGGGAUUUACGCGACAAAUUCAAAAACAAGAUGAUAUUUUGGAUUCGACGUCUAUGCCAUUAUCUUUUGCUGAUCCUGAUAUUGAGCGAUUUUUACGUGAUAAUGGGAUAGUGGAAAAAUUAAGUUCACUUUUCAACUCGACAAAACGGGCAAACGCCCAUCGAAAAACAUUGAUAUUGAGCGUGUUUCAUGCAAUUCAAUCUAUUGCGGUUAACUUCAGUCAAAAAACAGAAUCACUGCUCGAUAUCAUUAUAGAUAUAAUAUCUACUCCUGCAUACAACACCGACGAACGUAUUCUGAAAGCAGGACUCAAUGUUAUUCCGAUUUUGCUUUUCUCAAAGAUGGCGAAUGAUCAUGAUGGUCGCAAUAUUGAAGAUGAUGAUCGAUACCGAGCUGUGGAUAAAAUUCUGGAAACACUGAACGCGUUAAUGCAAAACCAAAAUACCGAAUGUCGUGGUAUGAUGCUGGUAUUGGAUAUACUAGGGCGAUUGCUUGGAAACCAAAUUAUCGGCGGCUACAUUUUCGAUUCUGGUUACGGGAAACAGUUGGCCUGUUCGAUAAAGUCAAAAUUUACAGACGCUAGAUGGGAAGUUCGUGAUUCGGUGUUAGAGUUUAUUGGAGGGUUGUUUAAGAAUGAACCCGGUAAAAGCCAAUAUGGAAUUGAGCUUGUGUGUAGGUUCGAUUUGGAAAAAGAUACAUUGUCGAGCAUCCAUGAUCCGGAAGCGUAUGUACGUGCUUCCGCUUUAAAUGCAAUACAGGCAAUAAUUUGUCAUUCAGAAGGUUGGCAAACCAUUCUUUCCAAAAAUCUCAAAGAAUCCAUCGCGUCAGAACUUCCUCAAUUAAUGAAAGACACCGAAGCGUUUGUUCGUCGCGCGUUGAUGGACUUGAUGGUUUGUUUGAUUGUUGAGCGUGAAUGUGGAGCAAUAUUGCUUGCUGAUAAAAAUGCAGAGAUUAUAAAUCCCGAAGUUAUGACCAAAAUUGUGGAUGAUCCCGAUUUCGAGGUCAGAAUUCGCGGAUGCCAGUUUUUGGCGGUAGUUUGGGAUCACUGUGAGCAAGACCGCGAACAAGGUCAUAAAAGACAACGUAAACAGACGUCAUCAACAGACAGUAGUAAUAAUAAUAGUAAUUUCUUGAUUGGUGAUGAUUCUUCAUGCAAUAGCAGCAUCCAAACAUAUAAUAAUAACAAUAGUAAUGCUAUGGCUAUUGAUCCUGACAGCACCAACAAGAUAGAAACUUCACACAAGCGACCAACUAUUGAAUCAUCACUCCCACAUCGUCACGCCGAUUUCUAUCACCGAAUAUGCGCAGAAGUAGAUUUUGAGCGUCUUGCAUCAACCAUUGAUGCCGAGCAUUUGUAUAAAGAGGCGUUGGAGAGUGUUGUGGAUUCGGCGAUGAUGGAUGUGGAGGACGAAGGGGAGCAUCAUGAGACUAAUAAAAAUCAAUGUUUAAUCAAUAUAUAG